AGUGUUGUGCUGGCUGUCUGCUUCCGGUUGAGAAGAUGGAGGCUUUUCACCGGCUCCGGCAAUUUGAUGCUUAUCCCAAAACGUUGGAAGAUUUCAGAGUGAAGACGUGCGGCGGAGCAGUGGUCACUGUGAUCAGCGGGCUUAUAAUGCUGAUAUUAUUUUUCUCUGAGCUCCAGUACUUUCUCACUAAAGAGGUCUAUCCAGAAUUAUUUGUUGACAAGUCUAGGGGCGACAAGUUAAAGAUUAACAUUGAUAUAAUCUUUCCACAUAUGCCCUGUGCCUAUCUGAGUAUUGAUGCUAUGGACGUAGCUGGGGAGCAGCAGUUGGAUGUGGAGCACAAUCUAUUCAAGAAGAGGCUGGACAAGGAUGGGAAGCCGGUGACUUCAGAAGCCGAGAAGCAUGAUCUAGGACAAGCAGAAGAACCUGUAGUUUUUGACCCAAAAACAUUAGAUCCAAACCGUUGUGAAAGCUGCUAUGGUGCAGAAACUGAGGAUUUUAGGUGUUGUAACACAUGUGAUGAUGUGCGAGAGGCUUACCGGAGGAAAGGAUGGGCAUUCAAGACUCCAGAUUCAAUAGAACAGUGCAAACGGGAAGGGUUCAGUCAGAAGAUGCAGGAGCAAAAGGAUGAGGGAUGCAAGGUGUAUGGGUUCUUAGAAGUCAACAAGGUGGCUGGAAACUUUCAUUUUGCCCCUGGAAAAAGCUUCCAGCAGUCGCAUGUCCAUGUCCAUGACCUGCAAAGCUUUGGACUUGACACAAUUAAUAUGACGCAUCAUAUUAAACAUCUCUCCUUUGGAAGAGACUAUCCAGGUCUAGUGAAUCCUCUCGAUGGGACAAGCGUGUCCACUUUACAAUCAUCGAUGAUGUUCCAGUACUUUGUGAAAAUUGUUCCUACAAUAUAUGUGAAAGUAGAUGGAGAGGUAUUACGCACCAAUCAGUUUUCAGUGACCAGACAUGAAAAGAUUGCCAACGGUUUGAUUGGUGAUCAAGGUCUUCCAGGGGUAUUUGUCCUCUAUGAGCUUUCUCCUAUGAUGGUGAAACUGACGGAGAAGCACAGAUCAUUUACCCACUUUCUAACCGGAGUAUGUGCCAUUAUAGGAGGAGUGUUUACAGUUGCAGGACUUAUCGACUCGCUAAUCUACCACUCCACACGUGCCAUUCAGAAGAAAAUUGAACUUGGGAAAACCACAUAAUGGGGGGAUAACACUUGCUACCCUCUCCAGGCCAGAGACUACGAUAUCUGCACAGUGGAAUUCGGGAAGAUCUUUCUGGGAUCAACACCAUGAAACAGAUUUUAAGUACAUUUAGCUGGAGCCUGCGUUGUUUCCCACGGAAAUAUUUUACGCAUAACAUGCAGUGUACGGAGGCAGCUUACAGCUGAUUCACUCUGUAUCUCUGGUGAGGUCUUCUCUUGUUUUAAUAUCUUCUUACCUGUUCUGCACCGAGGGGAUGGUGACUGCAGUUCUCUCCAGCGUUAUCUGGAGAUAUGGCGUCUUUGGUGGAUAACUGGAAGACUCCAUUGCUGUUCUCAUCCAGCCGCUCUGAGAAUGGCUACCUCUGCCUGGGGCUCUGCUCACCUGCUACUUUUCUCAGUGGGUUACCAGGAGCGUCUGUUCUUCAUAUUAAAUCAGAUGUACCAUAUUUUUUAAACCGAUGACUAGCAACAAGAAGUUGACUGUAAUUGUGGAUCUCAUUAUUGCACAGCCAUUAAAUUAACAGAAUGAAUGUUUCUUUUAA